AUAGGUGGAACAUGGUGUGUAUGCAAAGAAGGGUUAAGCGAGGCAAUGCUGCAGAAGACAUUGGACUACGCAUGUGGUGCAGGAGCUGAUUGUGGACCCAUUCACCAGAACGGACCUUGCUUCAACCCUAACACCGUCAAGUCUCAUUGCUCUUACGCCGUCAACAGCUUCUUUCAGAAGAAAGGUCAGUCUCAGGGCACUUGUGACUUUGCUGGCACAGCCAUCGUCUCAGCCUCUGAUCCCAGUGAGUCUCUCCUA